AUACGGAAACAGUGAUUUAAAUAAACAUUCUGGCCAUGUCCCGACGCAAACAGGCCAAGCCGCGCGCCUGUCUCAAACUUGGCGAAAAAGACGAUGAGGAGAACACUGGAGGGCUGCUGGAGCCCAAGGAGGAGCUGCUGAGUGGCGACGAGGAGAACGAGGAUAAUGAGGAUGAGGACGAGGAGCUGGGGCCCGAUGAGGAGGUGCCCGAGGGAGGGGAGCAAGCCACCCAGUUCGGGUCCAAUGAAUCACAGCAACAACAGCAACACCAACACCAAAGCUGGCCAACAGCUGAUGAGCCGGUGGCCCCACUUGCAGUGGCAAAAGAAGAAGCAGAGGAUGCAGAAGCCGAGGCAGAAGAACUACAACACCCACGGGAUGGGGCAGCUGCAUCCGAUGCUGCCGUUGCCGCCACUGAUGCUGCCAAUGCCAACGGACACUGCAAGUCCUCUGAGCCCGAAGAUGGGGAGCCGGACGCGGAGGAGCUCGACCUGGACGAGGAGCUACUCAGUCUCAGCGGGGACGAGGACUACGAUGAUGAAGAGCUGCAGAGCCUGGACAGCUUCUACUCAGAUAUGUAUAGUACUCACACAUCCUCCAGCUACUCACCCAGCAUUUCGGACGGCACCAUGACUCCCAACUCACAUCACUUGCCCGGUGCUCCUGCCAAUCUCCCCGGCCAGGAUCAGGAUCACCCGAGAGAGGGAAACACCAACGGAGGACUGGAUGGCGAGGACUUGGUCAAGCCGAAGCGUCUGCCCCAUUUCCAUCAUCAUCACCACCACCACUACCAUCACCAGCAGGCGCUGAAAAUCGCCAACAAGCUGCGAAAAAUCAAUAAGGAAUCCAAGCUGGGAGCCCUGGGAGGAGCGGGAGCCGGAGGAGUUGGCUCCAAGUUUGAUAAGUUGACGGGCGAGGGGAUUAAAAGUCGCGGCGACGGCUCCUAUCAGUGUCAGUUCUGCGAGAAGUCAUUUCCGCGACUCGGUUACUUGAAGCAUCACGUGCAGAGCCACGCCGAACACCUGCCCUUCAAGUGCGAGUACUGCUCCAAGCUCUUCAAGCACAAGCGCUCCCGGGAUCGCCAUAAGAAGCUUCACACCAACGAGAGGAACUACAAGUGUCCUCAUUGCGAGGCUGCCUUUUCCAGGAGUGACCAUCUUAAGAUCCACAUGAAAACCCAUGACAUCCAGAAGCCCUUCCAGUGCAGCAUGUGCAACAGGGGCUACAACACGGCAGCUGCCCUGACCUCCCACAUGCAGAAGCACAAGAAGAACGCCGCCAUCCUGGCAGCUGGAGGCAAUCCCAAUGCCCUCAACUACAGUCCACGCUCUACGGGAUCUGCCUCGGCCUCGGUCUCCAGCAACGGGAGCCUGCACAAGAGGCGAUAUGCCCUGACCCUGGCCACGGACAGCAGUCCCAGCCGCCUGGACUACCCCCAGAAGAGGUCGAGAAGUGGCACCACCUCCACUGCCGCCGCCACAGCUAAUGCAGCACCCACGCCACUGCUGAGGUGCAGCUACUGCCCCAAGGUGACGGAGUUCAGCAGCCUGGAGCAGUUGAAUGCCCAUCUGCAGAGUGUCCACGAGCAGCCCCAGCAGCCGCCGGUAAAGACACCCAACCAGGAGGCGGAGGGCUUCCAGCUGAGCUGUGAAUACUGCACCAUGAAGUUCGGCAACAUAGCCGGUCUCUUCCAGCACAUGCGGAGCACUCACCUGGACAGGCUGAGCAGCCCCAACUCCUACUACGAGCACUUCAACCGCCUGGCCACCGCCGGCACCUUCAGUCCGCGCCUGGCUCUGGAUCUGCCCAAGAUCAAGCCGGACCUGGGAAGCCCCGAUCAGCGCGAGCUGCGGCCGGCGGAGGAGGACCUACCCACGGACUUGAGCAGCAACAAGCGGCGACCCCUGACCCCUAACCCGCAGCCCCCACCCGCUCCUCCGGGCGUCUUCUUCUGCAAUCAGUGCAACGCCGGCUUGCCCGACUUCGAGAGCUUCAGGAAUCACCUGAAGAGCCACAUCGCCGAGGGCAUGCAGCAGGUCUGCCCGCACUGUGGACUGAGCCUGCCGGAGCAGUCGGAGUUCGAGCGCCAUGUGGUGGGCCACUUCCUGAUCACCGGAUCGGAGUUCAACUGCAGCUCCAGCUGCGGCAAGAGCUUCGCCAAGUCGGAGGACCUCCAGCAGCACCUCAUCACUGAGCACGUCCUCACUCUCCUGAAGUGUUCCCUAUGCUCGGAGCUCUGCGAGAGCCGGAUGGCCAUGCAGCUCCACCUAGCCUGUGCCCACAGCCAGGAGACCAAGCUGCUUCGCUGCAGCGCCUGCCUGGAGCUGUUCCGCUCGGACGCCGAGUUCCACGUCCACGUCAAGACGCGCCACCAGCUGGGCGGACACCCCGCCCUGGGCAGUGCCACUGCGAAUGCCCCCUCCAAUCCUCUCCAGUGCAUGUUCUGCCGAGUGGUCUGCUCCUCGGAGCUGGAAAUGCAUUUCCAUUUGGCGGCCCAUGCCAGGCAGUUCCGGUGCCCCUCGUGCCCCGAGACCUUCCACGUUGAGUUCCUGCUGGAUCGCCACAUGCAGAGCCAGCACGGUGGUGUCGGAGGAGGAGCAGGCGUCAAGGACAAGGAGGCCAGUUCGCCCAACAUGAACAGCCUGUACGUGAACGCCCUGCUGCCACCACUUGCGGCAGCAGCAGCGGCUGCCGCAGCCACCAACAACAACAGCAGCAUCAUCGACUACAACGUGGCCUUCAAGGGCUUGUUUGGCGGAGCAGCCGGAGGAGGAGGAGGAGGGUCUGGAGCACCCACUGCCCCCUCGUCCAAGUUCUACAGCCCGCUGCAAGUGGACACCAACGCCCUGAAGGCACAGACCUCGCCCCACCCGGCCCUGAUGUACGGACUCAGCCAGAGGUACUUGAUGGAAAUGUACGCCGCCAAGUCGGCCUCUCCUCCGGGAAGUGAGGGUGGAGCCAGUGGGCAGGCAGCCGGAUCCCAGGCAUCUGCACCAGUACCGCCACCCGCUCCUCCUGCACCACCGCAGGCACCACCCACCACCUUCAGCUGCGGAAUGUGCGAGCGACAGGAUCUGAGGAGCGAGGCGGAACUCCACUCGCACCGCAAACUGGCCCACAACCUGAAGACCGGAGUGAGCCUGAGGUGCGCCUACUGCGCCGGGAACUUCAAGUCCCGGGCGGAGCUGGAGCAGCACAUGAAGAGCUGUCACAAUUCCACGGGCAAGCACAAGUGCUUGAUCUGCGACGAGGUCUUCCCCUCGCCAGCCAUCCUGGCCGAGCACAAGCUACAGCACUCCAAGGUGGGGCAGUCGGGCAAGUGCUCGCACUGCGGCCAGCCCCUGGAGGACGUGGCCGCCUUUCGGGCCCACCUCUCCGAGCAUGGAAGCGACGGGGCGUCCCUGCCCCUGGCCUGCAUCUGCUGCCGCCAGACCCUGCACUCGGAGUUCGAACUGAGUCUGCACGCCAAGUUCCACACCAAGUCCGCGUCCAGUGGCGGCAGCCUCCAGGAGCCAGUGUGUGCCCUGUGCCUGGAGCCCCUGCCGGACGCCACCGAGGGUCCUGCCAAGCUGUGCGAGAAGUGCUGCCGCAAGCACAACCUCAAUGGAAAGAGGAGCAAGCCUCCGAGUGAGCCGCCAGUCCAGAGUCUGCCGCCCAUCCAGCCGCCAUCCGGGGCAGCCUUUGUGGAGAACCGUUGCAACCUGUGCAAGAUGAUCCUGCCGCACGCCCAGAAGCUGCAGGAGCACCUGGUGGAGCACACCUUUGCCGGCACCGAGCAGCGCGGCUACAAUUGCUACAUCUGCUCCGCGGUCUUCACAGCACCUGGAGGUCUCCUCAACCACAUGGCGGAACAUGGCGCCCACACGCGUCCCUACGACUGCAACCUCUGCCCGGAGAAGUUCUACUUCCGGGCGGAGCUGGAGCACCAUCAGCGGGGCCACGAGCUGCGACCCCAGGCACGUCCCAAGAUGGAAGUGCCCUCCAACAGGACAAGUUCCUCGCCCAUCGACAGCCCCGUGAGGAGUCCCACGAUCGUCAAGCAGGAGCUGUACGAGACGGAUACGGCUCAGUCGGCAGGAGGGGAUGAGGAGGAGCCGGAAAACGCCCACGACGACGAGGAAUACAUCGAGGUGGAGCAAAUGCCGCACGAGGGGCGUCCCAGCGAGUUGGAAAGGGCCACCAGUAGCGCCUAAACCAUAA